AUGCUGCUUCCCGCCCUCCUCCUGGGGCUGGGCUGCCUGGCCCACGGGCGGUGGUGUGAGCGGACCGAGACCGUGCUGGUGGAGGAGGAGGUGUCGCCCCGCCGGGAGGACCUGGUGCCCUGUGCCAGCCUGUACCACUACAGACGCCAGGGCUGGCGGCUGGCCCCUGCCCGGAGCGCGCCCGCCGGCCUCUGCCCCAUCUACAAGCCCCCAGAGACCCGGCCGGCCGCGCGGAACCAGACGGCGUGGGCUUGCUGCCCGGGCUGGGGGGGCACCGACUGCGCCUUGGCCCUCGCCGACGCCAGCCCUCAGGGCCACUGCUUUGCCACGUGGCAGUGCCAGCCAGGGGCCGGCCCCACGGAAGCCCCCGCGGGGAGCCUGCAGGACUGCUGUGCCCGGCCGUGGGCACGCAGCUGGCGGGACGGCCACUCCGGGCUCUGCCUCCGCUGCGCCCGCCAGCGUGGCCCAGGUGACGCCCCCUCCCCAGCCCCCCUGCGGCCCCUGGCAGGGGCGGUGGCCCAUCUCUGGAGCCAGCACCAGCGCCCCUCGGCCACCUGCGCCGCCUGGUCAGGCUUCCACUACCGCACCUUUGACGGGCACCAUUUCCGCUUCCUGGGCCGCUGCUCCUACCUGCUGGCGGGCGCUGCUGACUCCAGCUGGGCGGUCCACCUCACACCUCGGGGGCACUGCCCCCGGCCUGGGCACUGCCAGCUGGCCCGGGUGAUGAUGGGGCCCGAGGAGGUGCUGAUCCAGGGCGGGGCAGUGUCCGUGAACGGGCAGCUGGUGCGUGAGGGCGAGUCUCGGCUGCUCCCAGGACUGAGCCUGCAGUGGCAAGGGGACUGGCUGGUGCUGUCCGGGGGCCUGGGGGUCGUGGUGCGGCUGGACAGGUCCACGUCGGUCUCCGUUUCCGUGGACAGCGAGCUUCAGGGACAGACCCAGGGCCUCUGCGGGCUUUACAACGGCCGACCUGAGGAUGACUUCCUGGAGCCCGGCGGGGGGCUGGCCGAGUUAGCUGCCGCCUUUGGGGAUUCCUGGCGGCUCCCUGACUCUGAGCCGGGGUGUCUGGAGGCGGUGGAGGCCGCCCAGAGCUGUGAGGAACCCCCGAGGGUCACAGAGGCGGAACUGGAGGCCGGCGGGCUGCAGACUGAAGCCCAGGACGUGUGCCGUCCACUGCUGCACGGCCCGUUCAGGGAAUGCCACGCCCAGGUGCCCCCUGCUGCCUACCACGAAGCCUGCCUGUUUGCCUACUGCGCUGGGGCCUCAGCCAGCGGGGGGCCUGAGGCCCGGCGGGAUUCCGUGUGCGCCACCCUGACACACUACGCGCUGGCCUGUGCCCAGCGGCACACCCCGGUGCGCUGGCGGAAACCCGGCUUCUGCGGCGGCGUGUGCCGGGAGGGCCGCUGGCUCUGCGCGCAGGCGCCGUGCCCCGCCGAGUGUGCGCUGGGCGGGGACGGCCAUUACCUCACCUUCGACGGGCGGAGCUUCUCCUUCCGCGGCCGCGCCGGCUGCCGCUACAGCCUGGUGCAGGACCCCUCCCAGGGGCAGCUGCUGGUCGCGCUGGAGCACGGGGCCUGCGACUCUGGGAGCUGCCUCCGCGCGGUGUCUGUCUCCCUGGGGGACACCCACAUCCUACUCAGGGACUCAGGCGCCGUCCUGGUCGGCGGGCAGGCUGUGGGCUUGCCCUGGAAUGGCGCCGGGGGCCUCAGCGUGGUCCGCGCCUCCUCCUCCUUCCUGCUGCUGCGCUGGCCUGGGGCCCAGCUCCUCUGGGGAGUGGCCGACCCCGCAGCCUACAUCACCCUGGACCCCCGCUAUGCCCACCAGGUGCAGGGUCUGUGUGGCACCUUCACCUGGAACCAGCAGGACGACUUCCUGACCCCUGCGGGAGACGUGGAAACCAGCGUCGCUGCCUUUGCCAGCAAGUUCCAGGCGGCAGGCGACGGAGGGUGCUCUUCCGAGGAGGACACCACCCCGCUUCCCCCGUGUGGCACCCACACUCAGGGCCACGUCUUCGCAGAGGCUGCCUGCGCCAUCCUGCAGGGCUCAGCCUUCCAGGCGUGCCACGGGCUGGUGGACAGGGAGCCGUUCCGCCUGCGCUGCCUGGCAGCGGCCUGCGGCUGUGCCCCUGGUGGGGCCUGCCUGUGCCCAGUGCUGGCUGCCUAUGCUCGCCGCUGUGCCCAGGAGGGCGCCUUGCUUUCCUGGAGGAACCAGACCCUCUGCGCUGUCCCGUGCCCCGCGGGCCAGGAGUACCAGGAGUGCGCCCCAGCUUGCGGUCGGCACUGCGGGGAGCCCGAGGACUGUGGGGCGCUGGCUGGCUGUGUGGCCGGUUGCGGCUGCCCUGCAGGGCUACUGUGGGACCCGGAGGGCCGGUGUGUGCCCCCCAGCCUGUGCCCCUGCCAGGUCGGAGCCCACCGCUAUGCCCCUGGCAGUGCCACUCGGAGAGACUGCAACGACUGCGUCUGCCAGGAGCGGGGCCUGUGGAGCUGCACCGCUCGCCGCUGCACCCCCCCGCGGGCCCGCUGCCCCGGGGAGCUUGUCCACGUCCCUGGCGCUUGCCUCCUCACCUGUGACAGCCCCGGCGCCAACCUCUCCUGCCCCCUGGGCAGCCCAGGGGGCUGUGUCUGUCCCCCGGGCACUGUGCUGCUGGGCGAGCGCUGCGUGCCUCCCGAGCUGUGCCCCUGCCGGCACGGCGGCCAGUGGUACCCGCCCAACGCCACCGUCCAGGAGGACUGCAGCGUCUGUGUGUGCCAGGGUGGGCGCUGGCGCUGCACGGGCCGGCCGUGUGGUGGGCGGUGCCAGGCUUCCGGCGCCCCCCACUACGUGACAUUUGAUGGACUGGCCUUCACCUUCCCGGGGGCCUGCGAGUACCUGCUGGUAGGAGAGGCCGGCGGCCGCUUCACUGUGUCCGCCCAGAACCUGCCCUGCGGGGCCGCCGGGCUCACCUGCACCAAGGCGCUGACCGUGAGGCUGCAGGGCACCGCCGUGCGCAUGCUCAGAGGCCGCGGGGUGACGGUGAACGGGGUGAGUGUAACGCCCCCCAAGGUCUACACCGGCCCCGGGCUGAGCCUGCGCCGCGCCGGCCUCUUCCUGCUGCUGUCCACCCGCCUGGGGCUCAGCCUGCUCUGGGAUGGGGGCACGCGGGUCCUGGUGCAGCUGCCCCCCCAGUUCCGCGGCCGUGUGGCCGGGCUGUGCGGAGACUUCGACGGGGAUGCGGGUAACGACCCGCGGAGCCGCCAGGGGGGCCUGGAGCCCUCGUCAGCUCCUGCCUUGCCCCUGCCCGUGCGCAGGCCCCGGCCCCCUCCCGCCUGCCUGUCCCGGGCACCACCCGGAGGUGUCGCCAAGUCAGGAGGCCUCUUCCCCUGUGGCUCUGCUCCCCAGCUCUGCCUGAGCCCCGAGCGCCUCUGCGAUGGGGCCCCGGACUGUGCGCAGGGCGAGGACGAGCGGGACUGCGCGGGGCCGGCAGCCCCGGGAGCGCCCCACAGCGCAGGGCCCUGCCAGGAGUACUCCUGCCCCGGGGGCCGCUGCAUCGGCUUCCAGCUGGUGUGUGACGGGCAGCCCGACUGUGGGUCGGCGGGGGAGGCGGCGUCCUCCCCAGAAGAGCAGGGGUGUGGGGCCUGGGACUGCCGGCUCUGCGUCUGCCAGGACGGCCGGCCACAGCGCUGCCGCCCGAACCCCGACUGUGCUGUGGACUGCGGCUGGUCCUCCUGGUCCCGCUGGGCCGAGUGCCUGGGCCCCUGCGGGAGCCAGAGUGUCCAGUGGUCCUUCCGGAGCCCCAACAACCCGGGCGUCUCGGGGCGCGGCCGCCAGUGCCCGGGCCUCCGCCGCAAGGCCCGCAGGUGCCAGACGGAGCCUUGCGGGCGCUGUGAGCUGCUCGGCCAGGUCCACAGUGUGGGGGCGCGCUGGCGAGGGGGCCCCUGCAGCGUGUGCCAGUGUCUGCACAAUGGCACCGUGCACUGCUCCCCCUACUGCCCGCUGGGCGGCUGCCCCCAGGACUGGGUCCUGGUGGAGCCACCGGGAGAGGCCUGCUGCCGCUGUGUCCCGCCUGGAGAGAAGCUGACGGUCCGCCCCACGGUGACUGCGGCCCCCACGCCGGCCCCCAGCGCCGGGAUCGGAGCCCGCCUCAUCACCUACGCCCUGCCUCCGCCCGGAGACCCCUGCUAUUCCCCUCUGGGCCUGGCCCGGCUCUCCGAGGGGGGCCUGCAGCUGGAGCACCCUGCCUCGGCUGCCCUCCUGGGGGCUCCCAGCAGGGGACCCGACUCCCACGCGCCACAGCGCCCCGGGGUCCCCUACCAGCAGCUGGACCUGCGGCAGCCGCAGAAUCUCACUGGUCAGUGGCUUUCCCCUGGGGACUGGGGUGAUGUGACCCUCACGGCGUGGACAUUCGGCCAGAUGGUGCAGGCCCGGUAUGUCCGGGUGUGGCCCCAAGAUGCCCACCGGAGCCCCCCGCUGCGGGUGGAGCUUCUGGGCUGCCAGCCAGCCGUGCUCCCAUGUCCGGGGACUGGGCAUCGCUGUGCCAGUGGUCAGUGUGCCCCCGGGGGGGCCCCGUGUGACGGCGUGGGCGACUGUGAGGACAGCGACGGACAGGGCUGUGCGCCCCCCGCUGCAGGCGCCCGCAGAGUUCCGUCCACAGCGGGGGCCCCAGGCCCGUCCUCUGGACCUGGCCAGCUGCCGCCCCGGCCUAGGGAGGGUCUGGCAGAGGCAGGACACCGGCGUCUCGGAGAGGGGUCACCCACGGCCCCCACAGGGAAGGGGCCGGUGAGCCCCGACCUCGGCUCCGAAGCGCCUCGCCCGAGUCCUGGGGGCUCCGCGCAGACCCCGGCGGCCGCCUCCGCCUCCCAGCCUGAGGCCCCGGGACCAGGAGUGGCGGCCGUGACAGCGCCCCGCCCCCGGCCCAUGAGUCCGGUGGGCCCUGCGGGCCAGAGCGGUGCCCCUGGGCCUCUGCGGUGCAGCCCGGGCCAGGUGCCCUGCCAGGCGCUGGCCUGCGUGGGGCAGGAGCAGCUGUGCGACGGGACGGAGGACUGUCCGGACGGCUCGGACGAGGGACACUGUGGUGAGCGGGGCCGCGGCCCAGGGAGGGUCCGGGGUCGCGUGAGUGGCGGUGCCAAGGAGACCCAGCUGCGGCCAGCCCUGCCCGGGGGCGGCUGCCCGUCUGACCGGCUCCACCGCCAGCCCUGCUUCGUGCAGGCCUGCCCAGUGGCUGGGGUCUGGGCUGUGUGGGAGGCCUGGGGGCCCUGCAGCGUCUCCUGUGGGGGUGGCCAUCGGAGUCGCCGGAGGAGCUGUGUGGACCCCCCACCCAAGAAUGGGGGUGCCCCCUGUCCUGGGGCCUCCCAAGAGGGGGCACCCUGCAGCUUGCAGCCCUGCGCAGGGGAUGCAGGCUGUGGGCCUGGCCUCGUGCACGUGGGCGCCGACCUGUGCCGGAAGGGGCUGGUGCCCCCCUGUCCGCCCUCCUGCCUGGACCCCACGGCCAACAGAAGCUGCAGCGGGCACUGUCUGGAGGGGUGCCGCUGCCCCCCGGGGCUCCUCCUGCACGGCGCCGGCUGCCUGCCGCUCUCAGAGUGCCCCUGCCUCGUGGGGGGGGAGCUGAAGCCUCCGGGGGUGCCCUUCCUCCUGGACAACUGCAGCCAGUGCCUGUGUGAGGAGGGGGAGCUGCUGUGUGAGCCCCGGGCCUGCGCUGUGCCCUGCGGCUGGUCCGCCUGGUCCUCCUGGGGCCCCUGCGACCGCUCCUGCGGCCCUGGACUGAGGGCCAGGUUCAGGUCUCCCUCCAACCCUCCAGCUGCUUUUGGGGGUGCCCCUUGUGAAGGCGACAGGCAGGAGCUGCAGGCCUGCCACCGGGAGUGUGGGACAGAGGCGCAGGGCUGGACGCCCUGGACGCCCUGGUCCGCCUGCUCCCGGAGCUGCCUGCCCCCCGGGGGGGACCCUGGGCUGCGCAGUCGCUCCCGGCUCUGCCCUGGCCCCGGGGGCGCGUCCUGCCCAGGAGAGGCCACCCAGGAGGAGCCCUGCGGCCCCGCUGUGUGCUCGGCGCCCAGCGCCUGGGGCCCGUGGGCCGCCUGGUCGGCCUGCUCGGCGCCCUGUGACGGAGGCGUUCAGACUCGCGGGCGCAGCUGCUCCGGCUCAGCUCCAGGGGACCCCGAGUGCCAGGGGCCCCACAGCCAGACCAGGGACUGCAACACGCAGGCCUGCACAGCCCAGUGCCCGGAGGGCAUGGUGCCCCGCUCGGAGGAGCAGUGCCGCCAGGAGGGGGGCCCGUGCCCCCGGCUGUGCCUGGCGCAGGGCCCCGGCGUGGAGUGCGUGGGCUCCUGCGCCCCCGGCUGCGCCUGCCCCCCCGGCCUCUUCCUGCACAACGCCAGCUGCCUGCCCCGCCAUCAGUGCCCCUGCCAGCUGCGCGGCCGGCUGCACGCCCCGGGGGCCGUGGCCCAGCUGGACGCCUGCAACAACUGCACCUGCGUCUCAGGGGAGAUGGUGUGCACCUCGGAGCCCUGCCCAGUGGCCUGCGGCUGGAGCCCCUGGACCCCAUGGAGUCCAUGCAGCCGCAGCUGCAACGUGGGCGUCCGGCGGCGCUUCCGGGCAGGCACUGCACCCCCGGCUGCCUUUGGGGGUGCUGCGUGCCAGGGCCCCAACAUGGAGGCUGAAUUCUGCAGCCUGCAGCUUUGCCAAGGUCCCGGCGGGCAGUGGGGCCCCUGGUCUCCGUGUUCCGUGCCCUGCGGCGGCGGCUUCCGGAACCGCAGCCGAGGCGGCCUGCCCGGCCAGCUGGACUUCUCCGCCUGCGGCCUGCAGCCCUGUGCCGGGCCAGCGCCUGGGGUGUGUCCUGGCGACAAGCGGUGGCUGGACUGUGCCCAGAGCCCUGCCUCCUGCGCGGAGCUCAGCGCCCCGCAAGGGACCAACACCACGUGCCGCCCCGGCUGCUACUGCCUGCCUGGCACGCUCCUGCUGAACAACGUGUGUGUGCCCACCCAGGACUGCCCCUGCGCCCACGGGGGGCGCCUCUACCCCCCUGGGGGCACCGUGCUCCGUCCGUGUGAGAACUGCUGGGGAUUCUGGGCCCUUCUAGAGACACCCCUUUUCCAGAGGCUCCUGCACAAACCCCUCGCUGUGGCCGAGGAGGAGCCCUGCCUGCUGCCCGGCUGCGACCGAGCUGGGGGCUGGGGGCCCUGGGGGCCCUGGUCCAGCUGCAGCCGGAGCUGUGGGGGAGGCCUGCGGAGCCGGGCCCGAGCCUGUGACCGGCCGCCCCCCCGGGGCCUGGGGGAUUACUGUGAGGGGCCCGGGGCCCAGGGGGAGGCCUGCCAGGCGCCGCCGUGCCCAGUGGCCAACUGCUCCGCCAUCCAGGGGGCCGAGUACAGCCCCUGCGGGCCCCCCUGCCCCCGCUCCUGCGACGACCUGGCCCACUGUGUGUGGCGCUGCCAGCCGGGCUGCUACUGCCCCCCGGGCCAGGUGCUGAGUGCUGACGGGGCGGUCUGCGUGCGGCCGGCUCACUGUGACUGCCUGGACCUGCUGACCGGGGCUUGGCACCGCCCAGGCGCUCAGCUGGCGAGGCCUGAUGGCUGCAACCACUGCACCUGCCUGGAGGGAAAGCUGACCUGCACGGACCUGCCUUGUCCAGUGCCCGGCGGCUGGUGCCCGUGGUCGGAGUGGACGGCCUGCUCCCAGCCCUGCAGGGGCCAGACGAGGACCCGCUCCAGGGCCUGCGCCUGCCCGGCUCCCCGGCAGGGCGGGGCCCCAUGCCCCGGGGGGGCGGGGGAGGCAGGGCCCCAGCACCAGAGGGAGGUGUGCCCCGGCGCCCAGUGCCCAGUGGACGGGGCCUGGGGGGCCUGGGGCCCGUGGUCGCCCUGCGACGCGUGCGGGGGGCAGUCGCACCGGAGCCGGGCGUGCAGCUGGCCCCCCGCCUCUGAGGGGGGCGUGCCCUGCCCUGGGGGCCACCGGCAGAGCCGCCCUUGCCAGGACAAUGCCACCCGAUGUGCAGACUGCGGCGGGGGCCAGGGUCUCCUCCCCUGUGGGAGGCCUUGUCCCCGCUCGUGCCAGGACUUGUCCCCUGGGACCAUGUGCCAGCCUGGCCCUCCUGGCUGCCAGCCCAGCUGCGGCUGCCCCGCGGGGCAGCUCUCCCAGGACGGCCUCUGUGUGCCCCCCGCCCGCUGCCGCUGCCAGCACCAGCCUGGGGCCAUGGGGGUCCCCGAGAACCAGAGCCGGUCAGUAGGGUCAGAGCUCAGCUCCUGGGAGAGCCUGGAGCCGGGAGAGGUGGUGGCUGGGCCCUGCAUGCGCUGCCGCCGCCGCCAGUGUGGGCGCCCCACGCCAGCUCCCGGAGGCCGGGGCUGCCCAGGGCCCCUCCAGGACGUCGAGUACUGCCUCAGCCCGGACUGCCCAGGGGCUGCUGGGUCCACAGUGGAGCCGGUGACAGGCCGUCCAGGUGGCUGGGGCCCCUGGUCCCCGUGGUCCCCCUGCUCCCACAGCUGCACGGACCCCGCCCGCCCCGCGCUGCGCGGCCGCACCCGCCUGUGCCCGGGGAACUGCACCCGCGGGGACACGUCCCAGCAGCGUCCUUGCAACCUGCCCUCCUGCACAGCAGAGGACUGCGUGUGGAGCGGCUGGAGCAGCUGGACCCCGUGCUCCUGCCGGGUGCGUGUCCAGCAGCGCUACCGACACCAGGGCCCGGCGGCCGGGGAGGGGCCCCCCUGCACCCGGCUGGACGGCCACUUCCGGCCUUGUGCGGCUGGCAACUGCUCCGCGGACAGCUGCACGCCGCCCUUUGAGUUCCGCGCCUGCGGCUCCCCCUGCUGUGGCCUCCCCAGCCCCAAUGCCUCGUGGGUGCUGGCCCCGGCCGAGGCGGUGCGGCUGGACUGCAAGAGCUGCACCUGCGUCAACGGGUCCCUGGAGUGCUCGUCCCGGGCCUGCCCGCUCCUCGGGCCCUGGUCAUCCUGGAGCAAGUGCUCAGCGGCCUGCGGCGGGGGCAUCACCGAGCGCCGCCGGAGCUGCGAGAGGGGCCCGGGGGGCGCUCUGUGCCAGGCCUGGGACACGGAGCAACAGCGGCAGUGUAACCUGCAGCCCUGCCCAGAGUGCCCACCUGGCCAGGAGCUCACCGCCUGCCCUACCGCGUGCCCACACCUCUGCGCACACCUGCUGCCCGGUGCCCUGUGCCUGCAGGUGCCCUGCCAGAGCGGCUGUGGCUGUCCUGGAGGGCAGCUGCUGCACAAUGGCACCUGUGUGCCCCCCACGGCCUGCCCCUGCACCCAGCGCUCUCUGCCCUGGGGCCUCACCCUGACCCCCGAGGAGCAGGCCCGGGAGCUGCCCCCAGGGGCUGAGCUUGCCCAGAACUGCACCCGCUGCACCUGCCGAGGCGGCACCUUCAGCUGUUCCCGCGAUGAGGACUGUUGGGAGGAGCGGCCCGACGCUUGCCACCCCGUCACUGAGCUUCGCAACCUCACCAAGGGCCUGUGCUACCUGGACCGGGUGGAAGUGACCUACUGCAGCGGGUACUGCCCAUCCAGCACGCACGUCAUGCCCGAGGAGCCGUACCUGCAGAGCCAGUGCCAGUGCUGCAGCUACCGCCUGGACCCCGAGAGCCCGGUGCGGGUCCUCAGCCUGCGCUGCCCCGAUGGCCGUGCGGAGCCGGUGGUGCUGCCCCUCAUCCAGAGCUGCCAGUGCAGCGCCUGCCAGGGAGGUGAUUUCUCCAAGCGCUGAUGCUCGGCCUGACGAGUCUGCCGCUUCUCACAGGCUCAUCACACCGGCAGUGCUGAACCCCCGGCCCUGCCCUCCAUCCCCUGUGCACAUCCCCAAUAAAGUG